CAUUUUAUAGUCAUUUUACACAGUCUCUCAUAUUAAAAAACACUUUUAAUAAAUUUCAACCAGACAUUCAACUGCAUUUUUUGAAAAAUACUUCUCUAAAAGCUCAAGGUAGAAGCGGCUUCCCAGCAUGGCCAAACAGAGCCAAAAGGUAUUGUUGAACUAGAAAUAAGUUGGUAAGCUUUGACAUUCUACUAUCCAUUAAUUACAUAAAUGUAUACAUUUUUUUUUAUAUUAUUACUACGUUGACAACGUUGUAUUUAAACGAACAUAGUCGAACAAAGUAUUUAGACGAACAUAAUCGAACAAAGUACCUUUCAUUUAAGAAAAUACGUCCAAAUCUAAACUUAAACCGAACUAAGUCUAACAAACUACUAAGUACUCUUUCAAUCAGUUUAUGCUCCUAAAAUUUCCUUACUCUAUUCCAAUUUGGCAUUGAUCUACUAUUGCACACUCUAUCCAUAUAACUACAUAAAAACAAAUGUAUAUGUCAUGGUAAUAUAGUAAUUUGGUAAAAUGGUUAGCAUAAUUACUAAUUACUCCAAAUCAAACGGAAUCCAGCCUAUCCAAUUUUGAGCAAAUAAAAAAACCGAAUAUCCCAAGUUAUAUUAAUCAAAAUCAUCUAUGUUUUUUUUUUAUUACCCAUCAACCUUAGCUCUACGUGUAACUUUGUGACAGCGGGUCCUACUAAACUUGGGGGACACUUGCAGCUUUGUACCUACAGGAACACCAACGGACCUCACUUGGAUUCGAAACUGAGAUCUGCAACUCCCAAAUUUUCAUUGUUGCACAACUUUACCGUUAGACUAUCUUAUUUUUGGUUCAUGUUAUUCAAUUUAUUUAAAAUAUAAAGUGAAUGUAAACAAAAUAAAAUACUAAAGAAAAGGGGAGCAGAAUUUGGUCAAGCAGUGCCUGCUACCGAAAGACGAAACAAACGACCGUCCAAAAUUCAUCACAGAACUUAACGCGGGCAGACGGAAUCCAAUACUCCCGUCCAGUCAGCGACGUUUCGUUUCGAUAGGUCGGUCAAACCUUUUCCUUUUGUAAGAAGAAACAUUUUCUAUAUAAACCAACGGCCACUACUCCCCUCCGCUCCCCUCUUUCCUCUCUCGAAUCUUCUCUCAUCUAAUUGCUACGGCGUCGUCCUGGUCGGAGAAAGAUCAGUUAAGAGAGGAAGAUAAAAAAAUCCGUUAGAGAAAACUCCGGCGAGAAGGUCGGAAUCCCCCGGUCGCCGCCGACGUUUUCGGAUUUCACCCAAUCCCCGGCAACAAAUCGGGGGGCUUUUACCGAUUCAUCCUCCUCCGCUUUUUUAAGCUCUUCUUCUUUCCCAUUUCGCCCUUGGUUCUUCCCCGUCGGUAAGAAUCCACAGUCCGUUUUGCUCCCCAAUUUUCCCCCGUCAAUUCCAAUUUUUCCCUGACAAGGCUGCCUUACUUAUAGAAAAAAGGAAGAAAAAAAAAAAAAAACCCAACAAAAACCACUUCGUAAUUCAUCAAAUCAAAUUUCCUCUGUAAAUGAGUCAAGGGUGACGGACCCAGAAGCUUGAAACCUUUCAAUCGUGAAGUUUCAGCUUCUGGGUUUGGUCGUUUUCUUCAAUCGCCGGAGAACCCAAUUCCCGAUUUCUUAUUUUUCUCAGAAAUUAUAGAAUGCUCCAGAUCUUCCUUUAAUUUUAACCCUUUUCUUUUUCUGUUCAUCACGGUAAAGAUUGUGAAUAGUUAGCCAAAUAAUUUUUUGGGGGAGAAAAAAAUUAUGUCCGUCGUCGACGUGGCAUUGAGCUCCGGCAGAGAAGGAGCGGCGGUGAGAUUCCCCGGGUUCGGCGGCUACUUCUCGUCGGAGGACUCAUCGAUCCUGAUCUACCUGAGCGUCGCCGGUUCGUUCAUUCCGAUGCGGGUCCUGGAAUCCGACUCCAUCGCCUCGGUCAAGCUCCGGAUCCAAAACUCCAAGGGUUUCGUCGUGAAAAAGCAGAAACUGGUGUUCGGAGGCAGAGAGCUCUCCCGGAGCUCCGAUCUGGUCAAAGACUACGGAAUCACCGGCGGCAACGUCCUCCACUUGGUCCUCAAGCUCUCCGACCUCCUCCUCAUCACCGUCCGCACCACGUGCGGCCGGGAAUUCGAGUUCCGCGUCGAUCGGUACCGAAACGUCGGAUACCUAAAACACCGCAUCUUCCAAGAGGGCAAGGGCUUCGUCGACGUCGACGAGCAGGAAAUCUUCUACAACGGUCAAAAGCUCGACGACCAGCGCCUCAUCGACGAGAUCCGCGACAAAGACGCCGCCGCAGCAGCGAUUCACCUCCUCGUACAGAAAACCGCAAAGGUCAGAGCACAGCCGUUGGACAGAGAUUUCGAGAUCUCCGUCGCCGCCGCAACAAACCCUAAUCAAAGUCAGAAUCAAAAUCAAAAUCAGAACCAGACCCAGAAGCAGAAUCAGGGAUCGUCGAUUGAGGUGCUGAGUCGGGAGCAAGCAGGGAGGGAUUUCUGGCUAGAGCCGGUGAUUGUAAACCCUAGCGUGAGAUUAGAUUCGGCGAUUUGGAACAUGGUGAAUUCGACCUUCGUCGGGCUGGAAAUGGGCCACCCGCCGAUCCGUUCGUCCGAAGGAACAGGGGGGACUUACUUCAUGAGGAACCCAUCUGGCCAAGGGUUUGUAUCGGUGUUCAAGCCCAGCGAUGAGGAACCCAACGCCGUGAACAACCCACAGGGCCUGCCGGUGUCGUCCAACGGGGAAGGGUUGAAGAGAGGGACGAAGGUAGGGGAAGGCGCGGUUAGAGAAGUUGCAGCUUACAUAUUGGAUCAUCCGGUGAAUGGUCCGAGGGGUUUGAACAAUGAGGUGAUGGGGUUUGCAGGUGUGCCGCCCACCAUUGUUGUUCAGUGUCUGCACAAAGGGUUUCAUCAUCCUGAAGGGUAUGAGUAUUCAGCCAAGAAUGUGAAGAUUGGGUCGUUGCAGAUGUUUAUGAAGAAUGAAGGGAGUUGUGAGGAUGUUGGUCCUGGUCGGUUCCCUGUGGAGGAAGUGCAUAAGAUUACUGUGUUGGAUGUGAGAAUGGCCAAUGCUGAUAGGCAUGCUGGCAAUAUUUUGAUCGGCAAAGGAGAGGGAGAUAGUGGGGAGAACACUGUGUUGAUUCCCAUUGAUCAUGGCUAUUGCUUGCCUGAGACUUUUGAAGAUUGCACAUUCGAUUGGCUAUACUGGCCACAAGCAAAGCAACCCUACUCUCCAAAGGUAAUCGACUACAUUAACUCACUGGACGCUGAAUUCGACAUCGCCCUGCUGCAAUUCCAUGGCUGGAACAUCCCACCCCAGUGCGCACGAACCCUCCGAAUCUCGACCAUGCUCCUGAAGAAAGGAGUGGAGAAAGGUCUGACCCCUUUCGACAUCGGGAGCAUCAUGUGCCGGGAGACCGUGCACAAGGAAUCGGUGAUUGAGGAGAUCGUUCGCGAAGCUGAGGAUUGCUUGAUACCUGGGAUGAGCGAAGCUGCAUUCCUGGAAACUGUGUCUGAGAUCAUGGACUCCAGGCUUAGCAAGUUUAACAAAUAACAACACUAUGGAUGGUAAUGGUGGUCUUUGAUCGAUCUGUCUAUCUAUCAAUCUAUCUCAUCAGGUAUAUAUGAAUGAAAACUUUUGUUCCUUGUAUGAUUUGGAAGGAAGAGAAACUAUAUAUGAGUUUCAUUCCCCUUGCAGAAGUCCAUUUCGAGUUUGGACAACAUUGAAAGAAAGAAAAAGCGAAAAAAGAAGAAGUUUAUGUAUCAGUACCAGAUAUAUAUGUUAGAUGUGGUGGUUAAAAAUCAAUCCAUAAGAAGAAGCAAUACAAAGAAUUGUUGUCUCUUUGCAGUUUAGGCAGCCAAUUUCAUUGGAAGGGUAAAAUGGUAGCUUUGAGAUGAGGGGUCUUUAGGGAAAAAAUGAUUAUUGCCCCUCCUGGUGAAGGGUAGGCUAUAUUAAGGGUGGAAUGCCACUCAGAUAAAGCUGUAAUCUUUAAAUACCAAUGUUAUGCAAUGAAUAAGAACAAAUUGCAACAAAAAAAAAAGGGUAAUAUUAAGAUUUAAGACGAAUGUAUCAAUGAGAUUUUGAAAUAAAAUCCCAAGGAAGGUGAUGCUCACUAAAUGUGCUUCUAGUAUGUAUGGAUAAUAAUACCCACUAACGUAACUAUCAAAAGAUGAUUACGGUAAUGAUAUUGGAUUCAACUCUCACAAGCUAAUCAUUAUGAGAAAGCUAAUAUAAGCUUCCAUGUAACUAUGUACUUGUAAAUUCAAUGGUGGCCAUCAACAAAUUUGUAAGCACGAAUAAUCUGUUCUCAUGGAUCUGUCGGACAUUCAUGAAGUAGUCUUGGAUGUAUGUGUCAAGAUCCCUCGUAAUAUGAUAAUAUUUUGCUACAAUGGUGGCCAUCAACAGAUUUGUAAGCAUGAAUAAUCUGUACUCAUGUAUCUGUUCACACUCUAUUGGAAAGCAAAAACAAAUGGUUCCUCCGAGUUCUAACCCACAACGAGGCAACUACGGCUACAAUGGUGAAACUCCGGCCCAUAUAUUAUUAAAAAUCAGCUUUGGUCCGUGGUUUCAGAAAUUGACAUCCUGGCCUCAACUAUGCAACAAAUAGACUUAAUUGGCCCGACACAUGGUUUGACCGUCAAUUUGGAUGGUGAACACCUUUGAUAGUCAACACGCCAUGUCAUUACCUCGUUAGCUUAAAAAACAUUAAAAAAAAUUCAAAUUCAAGUUAUUUUUCUAAUUUCUAUUAUUUAUUAUUAAAUUAACCAAAAAAUAAAAUAUUUAAUAUAUAAAAUAAAUGUUAUUUUUUGGGUAAUUUGAAAUGAUAAAAUUUAUAAAUUACCAAAAAAUUAUCAAAUUAUUUAAAAAAAAAAUUCGGUCAAUUUGAAAAUAAUAAAUAGUAAAAAUUAGGAAAAUAAUUUGAAUUUAAUUUUUUUAAUAAUUUUUAGGCUGACGUGGCAAUGAUAUGGCGUUGCCCAUCCAAAUUGAUGGUCAAACCAUGUGUCGGUCCAAUUGAGUCUAUAUGCCGCAUAGUUGAAUCCAUGAUGUUAAUUUCUGAUACCUCGGGCCAAAGUUGAUUACAUGGUCAAAGUUCGGGCCAAAAUAAGGUAUUAACUCAAUUUUUUUUCAAGGGGUCAUUUUCCUUGGAUUUUGAAGGUGACAAAUCACAAAUUCGGCCUAAAGGCUAUUCUUCAAUGAUGAUUUAGUCCAUUAAGCUUUGAUUUGGGCGGAUUUCUUCCAGGUCCAUUUGUGGCGAAUUUGCCGAAAUGCUAUUUUCUUUUGAUUUUGAAGGCUACAGAUCACCAAUUCACCCCGAGGCUAUUCUCUGCCGAUAAUGAAGUCUAUUGAUCCUAUACUCAACCAAAAAUUAAGUCUAUUAAGCACCGAUAUGGGCGAAUUCAUUUUCGGAUGGUAUUUUCGCAAUUUUUGGGCAAAAUUUUUUCGCGGGCCAUUUUCCUUGGAUUUUGAAGGCGACAGAUCACGGAUCGGCCUGAAGCUAUUCUCUGAAGACGACUACGCCAUUAAGCACCGAUUUGGGCGGAUUUCUUCCGGGUCCAUUUUUGGCAGACUCCAAAGGGGUACCAUCACCGAUUUCGAGAGAUUUUCCUGAAAUGCCAUUUUCUUUUGAUUUUGAAGGCUACAGAUCACGGAUUCAGCCCCGAGGAUAUUCUCUACCGAUAAUGAAGUCUAUUGAUCCUAGUCUCCACCGAAUAUUAAGUCCUUUAAGCACCGAUUUGGACGAAUUCAUUUUCGAAUUGCACUUUCAUAAUUUUUGGGCAAUUUUUUUUCUCGAGAGGAGCUUAUUCUUCAAUGAUGAUUUAAUCAAUUAACACUGAUUUGGGCGGAUUUCUUCCGGGUCCAUUUUUGGCAUACUCCAAAGGGGUACGAUUACCGAUUUUGGGAGAUUUUGCCGAAAUGCCGUUUUCAUUCGAUUUUGAAGGCUACAGAUCAUGGAUUCAGCCCGAGGCUAUUCUCUAUCGAUAAUGAAGUCUAUUGAUCCUAUUCUCCACCGAAUAUUAAGUCCAUUAAGCACCGAUUUGAGAGAAUUCAUUUUUGGUGGAAUUUUCGUAAUUUUAUGGGCGUUUAUUUUUGAGAGGCCAUUUUCCUUUAUAUUUUGGAGGCUACAGAUCAUGAAUUCGCCCUGAAGCUAUUCUUCAAAGAUGACUAAGUCCUUUAAGCACUAAUUUGGACGGAUUUCUUCCAGACCCAUUUUUGGCAGAUUCCAAAAGGGUACCAUCAUCGAUUUUAGGUGAUUUCCCCCAAAUGCCAUUUUCUUUCGAUUUUGAAGGCUACAGAUCAUGGAUUCACCGGAGGCUAUUCUCUACGGAUAAUGAAGUCUAUUGACCCUAUUCUCCACCGAAGAUUAAGUCCAUUAAGCACUAAUUUGGGCGAAUUAAUUUUUGGAUGACAUUUUCAUAAUUAUUAGGGCAUCUUUUGUUUCGAGAGACCUUUUUCGUUGGAUUUUGAAGGUCAUAUAUCACGUAUUCGGUCUGAGGCUAUUCUCCAAAGACGAUUAAGUCCAUUAAGCACCGAUUUGGGCAAAUGUUUUCCAGGUUCUUUUUUGGCAGACACCAAAGGGGUACCAUCACCAAUUUCGGAAUAUUUUCCUGAAAUGCCAUUUUCUUUUGAUUUUAAAGACUACAGAUCCUGGAUUCAGAUCGAAGCUAACAGAUUAUGAAUAUUGAUCCUAUUCUCCACCAAAGAUUAAGUCCAUUAAGGAUCGAUUUGGGCAAGUUCAUUUUCGGAUGACAUUUUCAUAAAUUUUUGAGAAUUUUUUUUUCGAGGUGCCAUUUUCUUUGGAUUUUGGAGGCGACAAAUCACGUAUUCGGGCUGAGGCUAUUCUUCAAAGAUGAUUAAGUCCAUUAAGCACCGAUUUGGGCGGAUUUCUUCUGGGUCCAUUUUCACGAAAUGCCAUUUUCUUUUGAUUUUGAAGCCUACAGAUCACAGAUUCAGCCUAAGGCUAUUCUCUACCAAUAAUGAAAUCUAUUGAUCCUAUUCUCCACCAAAGAUUAAGUCCUAUAAGCACCGAUUUGGGCAAAUUCAUAAAAUUUUGGGUGCUUUUUUUUAGUGGCCAUUUUCUUUUGAUUUUAAAACCGACAAACACUGCUUCGGCCCGAGGCUAUUCUUCAAAGAUGAUUAAAUCCAUUAAGCACCAAUUUUGGGGGAUUUCUUCCGGGCCCCUUUUUUGGCAGACUCCAAAUGGGUACCAUCAUCGAUUUUGGGCUAUUCUUCUUCUGAUUUUGAGGCUACAAAUCACGGAGCCCGAUGCUAUUCUCUAUCGAUAAUCUAGUUUAUUGAUCCUACUCUCCACCAAAUAUUAAGUCUUAUAAGCACCAAUUUUGGCAAAUUUAUUUUUGGAUUGCAUUUUCGAAAUUUUUUGGGCGAUUUUUUUAGAGACUAUUUUUCUUGGAUUUUGGAGGCUAUUCUUCAAAGACUAUUUAGUCCAUUAAGGACUGAUUUGGGCAGAUUUCUUCCGGUCCAUUUUUGGCGGACUCCAAAAAGUUACCAUCACUGAUAUCAGGCAAUUUUUUUGAAAUCCCAUUUUCUUUCGAUUUUAAAGGCUACAGAUAACACAAUGCUAUUCUCUACCGAUAAUGAAGUCUAUUGAUCUUAUUAUUCACCGAACAUUAAGUCCAUCAAGCAUGGAUUUGGGAGAUUCAUUUUCGGAUGACAUUUUCAUAAUUUUUUGUGCGUUUUGUGUUCGAGAGGCCAUUUUCCUUGAAUUUUGAAAGCUACAGGUCACGAGUUCGGUCUGAGGCUAUUCUUCGAAGAUUAUUUAGUCCAUUAAACACUGAUUUGAGCGGAUUUCUUCCGGGUCCAUUUUUGCAGGCUACAAAGGGGUACCACCACCGAUUUUGGGCGAUAUUCCGAAAUACCAUUUUCUUUCGAUUUUGAAGCCUACAAAUCACGGAUUCAGCCCGACGCUAUUCUCUUCCGAUAAUGAACUCUAUUGAUCAUAUUCUCCACCAAAGAAUAAAUCCAUUAAGGACCAAUUUGGGUGAAUUUAUUUUCAAAAUGAAAUUUUCCCUGGAUUUUGAAGGCGACAUAUCCUGGAUUUGGCCUAAGACUAUUCUUCAAAGAUGAUUAAGUCCAUAAAGGACCGAUUUGGGCAGAUUUCUUCCGGGUACAUUUUUGGCAGACUCCAAAGGGGUACCAUCACAGAUUUUGAGCUAUUUUUCCAAAAUACUAUUUUUUUCGAUUUUGGAGGCUACAGAUCACAGAUUCAGUCCGAAUCUAUUCUCCACCGAUAAUAAAGUCUAUUGUUCUUAUUCUCACCAAUGAUUAAGUCCAUUAGGCAUAGAAUUAGGCAAAUUUAUUUCGGGAUGAAAUUUUCGUAAUUCUUUGAGUGAUUUUUUUUUCAAAAGGCCAUUUUCCAAGGAUUUUGAAGGCUACAGAUCAUGGAUUCUGCCGGAAGCUAUUCUUCAACGACGAGUAAGUCCAUUAAGCAAGGAUUUAAGCGGAUUUCUUCCCAGUCCAUUUUUGGCAGAUCCCAAAGGAGUACCAUCACAGAUUUCAUGCGAUUUUUUCUAAAUGCUAUUUUCUUUCGAUUUUGGAGGCUAUAGAUCAUAGAUUCAGCCUGAGGCCAUUCUCUACCGAUAAUGAAGUCUAUUGAUCCUAUUUUCCACCAAUGAUCAAGACCAUUAGGCAUAGAAUUGGGCCAAUUUAUUUUGAGAUGGUAUUUUAGUAAUUCUUUGGGAGAUUUUUUUCGAAAGACCAUUUUCCAUGGAUUUUGAAGGCUACAGGCUGAAUCCGUGAUGGUAGCCCUUUGGAAUCUGCCAAAAAUUGACCCGGAAUAAAUCCGCCCAAAUCGGUGCUUAGUGGACUUAAAUCUGUGAUGGUACCUAUUCUCCACGGAUGAUAAGUCCAUUAAGCACUGAUUUGGGCCAAUUUAUUUUCAUAUGGCAUUUUCGUAAUUUUUUGGGCGACGAAAGGCCAAUUUCUUUGGAAAUUGAAGGCUACAGAUCACGGAUUCGGCCUGAGGCUAUUCUUCAACGAUGAUUAAGUCCAUUAAGCACCGAUUUUGGCGAAUUUAUUCGGGGUCAAUUUUUGGCAGAUUCCAAAGGGGUACCAUCAUAGAUUUCGGGCGAUUUUUCUGAAAUGCCAUUAUUCCCGAUUCUGGAGGCUGCAGAUCAUGGAAAUAGGACGAGGCUAUUCUCCACCGAUAAUAAAGUCUAUUGAUCCUAUUCUCAAUGGAUGAUAAGUCCAUUAAGCACCAAUUUGGGUGGAAUUAUUCCGGGUCAAUUUUUGGUAGAUUCCAAAGGGGUACCAUCACAGAUUUCGGGCGAUUUUUCCGAAUGUCGUUUUCUUUCGAUUCUGGAGGCUGCAGAUCACGAAAUCGGGUCGAGGCUAUUCUCCACCGAUAAUGAAGUCUAUUGAUUCUAUUCUCCACAGAUGAUAAGUCCAUUAAGCACCGAUUUGGGCCAAUUUAUUUUUAGAUGACAUUUUUGUAAUUUUUUGGCGACGAAACGCCAUUUUCUUUGGUUUUUGAAGGCUACAGAUCACGGAUUCAGCAUGAGGCUAUUCUUCAACUACGAUUAAGUCCAUUAAGCAGCGAUUUGGGCAGAUUUAUUCCGGGUCAAUUUUUGGCAGAUUCCAAAGGGGUACCAUCACAGAUUUCAGGUGAUUUUUCCGAAAUGGCAUUUUCUUUCAAUUCUGGAAGUUGAAAAUUACGGAAUCAGGCCGGGGCUAUUCUCCACCAAUAAUGAAGUCUAUUGAUCUGAUUCUCCACGAAUGAUAAGUACAUUAAGCACCGAUUUGGGCCAAUUUAUUUUCAGAUGACAUUUUCGUAAUUUUUUGGGCGACAAAAGGCCAUUUUCUUUAGAUUUUGAAGGCUACAUAUCACGGAUCCGGACCGAGGCUACCCUUCAACUAUGAUAAAGUCCAUUAAGCACCGAUUUGGGCAGAUUUAUUCCGGGUCAAAUUUUGGCAGAUUCCAAAGGGGUACCAUCACAGAUUUCGGGCGAUUUUUUCGAAAUGCCUUUUGCUUUCGAUUAUGGAGGCUUCAGAUCAUUGAAUCAGACCGAGGCUAUUCUCCACCGAUAAUGAAGUCUAUUGAUCCUAUUCUCCACGAAUGAUUAGGGAUGGCAAUGGGUCGGGUUGGGUCGGGUUUGUCCAAAGUCCAAACUCAAACCCAAACUCAUGGGUUUAUCCGUGAAAAAAACCCGGGGUAAAACCCACUGGGUUUGAAAAACUCAAACCCAACCCAACCCGCUGGGUAUCCGCGGAUUCAUGGGUACCCAUGGGUUUUUGUCGUAAAAAAUUCACAAUAACAAGUUCCUAUCAAAAUUAAAGUCAAAUAUCAAUCUCUCAAUACAAAUUAUCCAUAUAUAAAACACCAUUCUAGAAAAUUCAAGCAAAUCACUAAUUAACUAUACAAUUGUUCAACACCAAUCUAGAAAACUCAAGAAAAUUGAAGCAAAUCACAAAUUAUCCAUAAAUAACGUGAUUAAUUGAAAGCAUCUUCCUUUCAAUUAAGUUUUUCACUCUCCCCUCGAUAACAUCAACUACUAGAAAGAAAAAAUUAGACAUGUCUCCACAAACAUUAAUAAGAUUAGUUGUUUAGAAUAUUAAAUUUUCCGAGAAAAUUAAUUAUGUGGGUGUGGGCGGGUACCCAUGGGUCGGGUUUACCUAAACCCAAACCCAACCCAACCCGGUGAAUAGUGAACGGGUUUAAACAAAAACCCGGCCCAAAACCCGUCAACACAGAUUUUACCCGCGUUGACCGGGUUGGGUCGCGUGGGUACCCGUGGGUUCGGGUUUUGUUGCCAUCCCUACGAAUGAUAAGUCCAUUAAGUACCGAUUUGGGCCAAUUUAUUUUCGGAUGCCAUUUUUGUAAUUUUUUGGGCGACGAAACGCCAUUUUCUUUGAUUUUGAAGGCUACAGACCACGGAUUCAGCCUGAGGCUACCCUUCAACGAUGAUAAAGUCCAUUAAGCACCGAUUUGGGCGGAAUUAUUCCGGGUCAAAUUUUGGCAGAUUCCAAAGGGGUACCAUCACAGAUUUCGGGUGAUUUUUCCGAAAUGCCAUUUUCGUUCAAUUCUGGCAGUUGCAAAUCACGGAGUUAGGCCGAGGCUAUUCUCCACCGAUAAUGAAGUCUAUUGAUCCUAUUUUCCACGAAUGAUAAGUCCAUUAAGCACCGAUUUGGGCCAAUUUAUUUUCAUAUGGCAUUUUCGUAAUUAUUUGGGUGACGAAAGGCCAAUUUCUUUGGAUUUUGAAGGCUACAAAUCACGAAUUGGGCCUGAGGCUAUUCUUCAACAAUGAUUAAGUCCAUUAAGCACCGAAUUGUGCGAAUUUAUUUCGGGUAAAUUUUUGGAAGAUUCCAAAGGGGUACCAUCACAGAUUUCGGGCGAAUUUUCCGAAAUGCCAUUUUCUUUCGAUUAUGGAGGCUUCUGAUCAUUGAAUCUGGCAGAGGCUAUUCUCCACCGAUAAUGAAGUCUAUUGUUCCUAUUCUCCACGGAUGCUAAGUCUACUAAGCACCGAUUUGGGCCAAUUUAUUUUCGGAUGCAUUUUUGUAAUUUUUUAGGCGACGAAACGACGUAUUCUUUGGAUUUUGAAGGCUACAGAUCACGGAUUCGGUCUGAGGCUAUUCUUCAACGAUGAUUAAGUUCAUUAAGCACCGAUUUGGGCGGAUUUAUUCUGAGUCAAUUUUUGGUAGAUUCCAAAGGGGUACCAUCACAGAUUUCGGGCGAUUUUUCCAAAAUGUUGUUUUCUUUCGAUUCUGGAGGCUGCAGAUCACGAAAUCAAGUUGAGGCUAUUCUCCACCGAUAUUGAAUUCUAUUGAUCCUAUUUUCCACGGAUGAUAAGUCCAUUAAGCACCGAUUUGGGCCAAUUUUAUUUUCGGAUGGCAUCUUUGUAAUUUUUUGGGCGACGAAACGCUAUUUUCUUUGGAUUUUGAAGGCUACAAAUCACGGAUUCGGCUUGAGGCUAUUCUUCAACGAUGAUUAAGUCCAUUAAGCACCGAUUUGGGCGGAUUUAUUCCGGGUCAAAUUUUGGCAGAUUCCAAAAGGUACCAUCACAGAUUUCGGGUGAAUUUUCCGAAAUGCCAUUUUCUUUCGAUUAUGGAGGCUUCAGUUCAUUGAAUCAGGCCGAGGCUAUUCUCUUCCGAUAAUGAAGUCUAUUGAUCCUAUUCUCCACGGAUGAUAAGUCUAUUAAGCACCGAUUUCGGCCAAUAUAUUUUUGGAUGACAUUUUUGUAAUUUUUUGGGCAACAAAACGCCAUUUUCUUUGGAUUUUGAAGGCUACAGAUCACGGAUUCGAUCUGAGGCUAUUCUUCAACGAUGAUUAAGUUCUUUAAGCACCGAUUUUGGGCGGAAUUAUUCCGGGUCAAAUUUUGGCAGAUUCCAAAGGGAACCAUCACAGAUAUCGGGCGAUUUUUCCGAAAUGCCCUUUUCUUUCAAUUCUGGAGGUUGCAAAUCACGGAAUUAGUCCGAGGCUAUUCUCCAGCGAUAAUGAGUCUAUUGAUCCUAUUCUCCAUGAAUGAUAAGUCCAUUAAGCACCGAUUUCGGCCAAUUUAUUUUCAUAUGGCAUUUUUGUAAUUUUUAGGGCGACGAAAGGCCAAUUUCUUUGCAUUUUGAAGGAUACAAAUCACGAAUUCGGCCUGAGGCUAUUCUUAAACUAUAAUUAAGUCCAUUAAGCACCGAUUUGUGCGAAUUUAUUAAGGUUCAAUUUUUGACAGAUUCCUAAGGGGUAAGUACCAUCACAGAUUUGUGGCGAAUUUUCCGAAAUGCCAUUUUCUUUCGAUUAUGGAGGCUUCAGAUCAUUGAAUCAGGCCGAGGCUAUUCUCCACCGAUAAUGAAGUCUAUUGAUCCUA